AUGACCCCAUCCCUGGGGAGUAGAGGCUCCUUCCUGCCGCCCCAAGCCCGGCUCAUGUUCAAAGCCGUGAGCAGGCAGCGGCUAAUGAGGGUAGACAAUGGGAACUGCAUGGGGCAGAGCACGGGUGAGGGCUUGCUGCGACGCCUCCGUGCCAGGCAUGGCACAGCCCUGGCACCACGACCCUCUGGAAUCCUUCAUAAGACCCUCACCACUGGGCAGGGCAUGUGCCCACGAAGCCCUGGCAGCACUGCAGGCUGUUCUGGGGGGCACCUGUGGAGCGUCCUACCCAUGCUUGCUGAGAUUGGAAUGACACCUCAUGGGACCAUCACCUUCCCAAGCGGGACAAGCCAGUGCCCGCUCUGGAUUCCCCCAUGCGGAGAGCUGCAGCCAGGAGGGUUCCCCGCCUCUCCCUCCUUUCCCGGAAAAGGGAGGGAGCUUCCCCCGUUGCUUCCCCGUCCCGCAGACGAGCCAGGAGACUGUGACGAGCUCUGGGUGCACAGAGCCAGCACUGGAUUCCUGGCACCGGCAGGACAGCUGGGAGUCAUCACCCGUCUCCUCCCUGCUCAGCCCCGCUCGCGUUCCGCAGUCCCCAGGGCCCUGCCGUGCUGCAGCAGGCACUGUGCAGCAGUGCUGGCACAGCCACACAGACCCCAACCCUCCCCUGCCCUCCACGUCACUGGAUCCCAAGCCAGCGAGGAUACCAGGAGAGAGGAGAGGGGACAGGUUUUUCCGUGGUGUCUACUCAUUGUCAACCACUGCCACCAUGGCCAGCCCAGGCACAUGUGGGUGAAGAGUGGGGCUGGUGCUGGGUGCUGCUCUCACAGCCCCUUCCCCACCCCAGCUGCCCCCUCCAACCCUGGGCAAGGGAACCCAGGCAUCCAGGCUCCUGUGCCCCCACAGCCGCUAUCACUGCAGAGGAACCGCCGGGGGAAGCCAGUGGGGAAAGUGAACUGCAAGAAUAUGAAGCAGGACUGCCCCGUGCCUGCCUGUCCCCGGGCCACGCUGCUGCCUGGGCACUGCUGCCACACCUGCCCCAAAGUCUUGCCAGGCCCCCCAGAGAAAAACCUUGCACCCCACUUCGACACCUUCGAGUACUUCCAGGACAAGGAGGAUGACCUGGACAAGCCCUACAAUGACCGCUCCUACCUCAGCUCUGAGGGGCUGGCCCGUGACGAUGCCCGCACAGAGUUUGUGGCCUUGCUGACAAGCGGCCCAGAGCCAUGGCACCCCACAUCCAGCGCAGUGGCCAAGGCUCGCUUCACCCUGCUGCGCUCGUCCCUGCUCUUCUCCAUCAGCUACGAGCGGCUGGGGCGGCCGAGUCGGGUGCGUUUCAGUGACCCUGAGGGCAACGUGCUGUUCGAACACCCUGUGCAGAAGAGCGCUGCCCCCGAGGAUGGCAUGCUCUGUGGGAUGUGGAGGACAGUGUCCAAAGCCAAUGUCCAGCUGCUGCGGGGGGAGCAGCUCCGUGUGUCCCUCAUCACACGGGCACAGCCCUCUGGAGAGGUCCAUGGGCACAUCCUCAAGCACCGGGCACUCUUCGCAGAGACUUUCGGUGCCAUCCUGACCUCGUCAGAUCCCUUGCACCUGGGUGCUGGGGGCAUGGCCAUGCUGACACUGAGUGACACCGAGAGCAACCUGCACUUCAUCCUCAUGGCCCGGGGGCUUCUGGAGCCUGGCGCUGGGGGUGAGGGCUGGCAGGGACACCCUGUGGGGCCUGGCACUGUCCAGACAGGGCUGCAAGAAUCCUCCUCAGUCCCACUGAGGGUCCGCAUACUGUACCAGGGCCAGACGCUACGGGAGGUCCGGGCCAACAUCACCAGGGAGGAGCCCGACUUCGCAGAAGUGCUGAGCGAUCUGUCCACCCACGAGCUGCAGUGGCUGGUGCAGGGGCAGCUCCGCAUCGUGGCUGAGACGGAGGGCCGGCAUGCAUGUCAGCUGGCAGGCACCAUCACCACCCGCCGCAGCUGUGACACCAUCCAAAGCGUGCUGUGCGGAGCAGAUGCCUUGAUGCCGACCAAGACCGGGGCUGUGGGCUCAGCCAAGCUGGCACUGCAUGAGAAUGGCACCCUGGAGUACCAGGUGCAGGUGGUGGGCACUGCCAGUGAGGUGGUGGGCAUCACACUGGAGACCAAACCCCGGCGGAAGAGCAAGAGGAACAUCCUGUUCGACAUGACACCCAGCUACAAGGAUGGGCUGGCCUGGGGUGCCUGGCAGAGCCCAAGUGCCCGUGAUGCCCAUAUGCUUCUGCAAAAUGAGCUUUUCCUCAAUGUGGCCACCAAGGACUGGGCAGAGGGCGAGCUGCGGGGCCAAGUCAUCUCCUUGCCCUACAGCGGGCUGCUCGCCCGCUACACAGAGAUGCCCGUGGCGUUGGCAGGGCAGUUGGUGUCCCCCCCAGUGAGCAGCGGCGCUGGGGGGCAUGCCUGGCUCUCGCUGGAUGAGCACUGCCACCUGCACUACGAGAUCUCAGUGGCAGGGCUGGGGCGCCCGAGCGACGGCACUGUCAGUGCCCACCUCCACGGGGUGGCCGAGCUCGGCGAGAUGGGUGCCCGCCCCCACCAGCACAAGCGCCUGCUCAAGGGUUUCUACAGCACUGAGGCUCAGGGGGUGGUGAAGGACCUGGAUGCUGACCUGCUGCAACACCUGGCCCAGGGCACUGCUUUCCUGCAAGUCAGCACCAAAGCACACCCCCACGGGGAGAUGCGGGGACGGGUGCACAUCCCCAAUCAGUGCCAUGCAGGAGGGACCCGCCUGACCCCAGAGGAGGCCCUGAGCGAGGCCCAGUUCUCAGAGGGCACUAAGACCAGGGACCUGGAGCAGCUGAAGAAGGACCCCAACUCCUGCUUCUUUGAGGGUCAGCACCGGGCACACGGCACCCGCUGGGCACCCGACUAUGACAAAAAGUGCUCCAUCUGCAGCUGCCAGAAGCGCACAGUGAUCUGUGACCCCAUCUUGUGCCAGCCCCUCAACUGUACCCACCAGGUGCACCCCGAAGAGCUGUGCUGCCCCAUCUGUGAAGAGAAGAAGAGAGAGCAGGAAGAGCUGAAGCUGGAACGGGCACGGGACAGUAGUGAGGGCUGCUACUUUGAUGGGGACAAAACAUGGCGAGGCUCUGGCACUCGCUGGCACCCUGUUGUGCCCCCCUUUGGCCUCAUCAAAUGUGCCAUUUGUACCUGCAAGGGCACCACGGGUGAAGUGCACUGUGAAAAGGUGCAGUGCCCGCGGCUCACCUGUGCCAACCCCGUGCGUGUCAGCCCCUCCGACUGCUGCAAGCAGUGCCCAGCCCCGGAGAAGAGUGUUCCCGAGCUGGCUGACUCCAUGCAGGCAGAUGGACCACGAGCCUGCCGCUUCGGGCGCCGCUGGUACCUCAACAAUGAGAGCUGGCACCCCUCCGUGCCCCCUUUUGGAGAAAUGAAGUGUAUCCUGUGCUGGUGUGUGUCAGGGGAGACACACUGCCAGCGCCAGGAGUGUCCCCCAUCUGCCUGUGCCAGCCCUGCCACAAGGGACAACCCCUGCUGUGCCAAGUGCCGUGCCCUGGACGCCCCCUUGGAUGCACAGGAGAAGGUCCACGAUGACAAGGUGGAGGCGUGGAGUCACUGAGCAGUGACUGCUGCCCAGACUAGGGCAAGCACACAGCGAGGCUGGGUGGCAGGGGGGAGUCCCUGCCACCCAUUGCCCCUGCCCGCCCAGCGUGGGGGGCACAGAGGAGCACAGCGGGGUGCACACGGCCAGGCCCCCAGCCUGGGCACCCCGUCUCAGCAUGACUGCGAUGCCAGGA